UAGCAAAGCGUGAGGCUGACACAAAGUAAAUCAGAGUUCCAAGAAGGGUGGGGGAGGUGGAAGCUAGAUUGGCCCCAAGCAUCUGGCAGAGUCAGGUUUUAAGGAGCAGAUUAAAUGUCAGGAGUGUGGGACCAGAUCUCACCUCUCAAGGAAGAAGAUAUUCCAAAGGACAGGAACCACUGUAGGCAAAUCUCUUCUCCUGGAUCCCAAUCAAAAUUCCUUGAUUGAGGAGAUCCAUGGGCUAGUCCCACCGGGGAGAGACGGUUCCUCAACUAAAAUAACCCAUAAACCAUGAUUUCAGUUCACACAGUAUAAAUCUAAACAUAGUCUGUGGCUUGCUGUAUUCUGUGAAUCUAGUUACUGCUUUAUAAUCCGAUUUUCUUAAAUAUUUUUCAAGUUUAUCAAUAAAACAUCAACAAAGUAACAUUUGGGUUAGUAUGAUUUAAUGUUUAGGCUAGCUAAAACCAUUACUUUAAGGCAACACGUGAAUUUAAGUGUUUAGUUUCAGCAGAGGACAGCUGCUUAGUAUUUUCCUUUGUAGAUUGCAUCCUUUUUCUCGGGAUUUAGGGGUGGGUUGUUUUUUUUUAAUUCGGCUAGGAGAGAUGAACCUGGUCACGAAAUAGUUUGUUUCCUGACCACAAUAAUCGCCGACACCCUCCACGUAGCAAACAGUAUUUUAAAAUUCAAUCCAGACACUCCGGGAAACAAAUUCCCUUCCACCCAAUAGGAAUCAUCUUUGGUCAGCUAUGCAGAGACCGUUCGGAAAUCAUCCAGGUCCAAGGAAAAACAAAACAAAACAUUGCGCCAACCAAUAAAGGAAGCCAGGGCUCCCUUCGAUCCCUACUUUGUUAUCUGAAGGUGUCAGGUUUCACCGCGCCGACUUGGAGUAGCCCUGCCACCACCAAUAAAGCUUGCGCAGGAUUUCGACUCUGCAGCCGCGGCCGAACGUUUCUGGGAUUCCUCCCCAAAACAAGGAAGAGGUCCAAGUGGGGCAGCUGACGCUUUUGUUUUGCUUCAAGGCGAAAUCCUCCUGCAAAACUCCUACAAUUCCGGUUGUAACGCAUUUGAGCAGUGCGCCUGCUGCAUAGUAGCGGCAAAGACCAAGCGCCAAAGCGUGAGAGUUCGCUUAGGCGAUGGGAUCGGUGCUAAGUGGCGACGGACGGGAGACGGCGAGGACGCCGGAUGUGGGCAACCUCCAAGGCAGUAUUCAAUUCCCACAGCCGGGAGACGUGGAAAAGCAGCAAAUUCCCUCUUUUGACUGCGCCAUCUGCUUGGAAGUGUUCGACCAGCCUGUAAGGACCAAAUGCGGCCACGUAUUUUGUCACACUUGUAUUACCACAUGUUUAAGAAAUCAUACAUGGACAUGUCCAUAUUGCCGAGCAUAUCUUCCUUCUGAAGGGAUCCCAGCAACUGAUAUUAUCAAAAUGAUGAAAAAUAUACACCAAAACUGCGCAGAAUGUAAACUUCAGGUAUGCCUUAGUGAAAUGAGAGCUCAUUUGAAGACUUGUGACCAAUAUAUAGAAAAAUAUGGGCCUCUACAAGAACUUGCGUACUCUGAAACAAGAUAUCCUUGUCCUUUGUGUCAGAAUGAAUUGGAUGAAAAUGAUCUCUUGGACCAUUUUCUCACGUUUCACAGAACUGAAAGACAACCAGUGUACUGUCCAAUCUGUCGUUUACUACCUAGUGGUGGUCCAAGUUACUACAUCAGAAAUUUUAUAAGGCAUCUUCAGCUGGAGCAUACAUUCUAUUAUGAAGAUUAUCUGUGAGACAUAAAUAUUGUAGAAGAAGUUCUCAUGAAAGAGUUCUGGAAUCGAUCAGUUUUAGAUUAUGUACAUCUGAAUAAUCCAGGUACUGCGUGAUCAUCAACAAUCCGACAAAGUCAAAUGGAUUACAUUGUGAAUUAAAGCACUGGUUGUUUAUGCUGUUAUUAGCUAACAUUCAGAAAAAUUGAAUUUUAAAUAUUUCAUAUGUGAAACAUUCAAUUUCAAGUCUGAAGCAACUGUACUGACUGUUAUAUUUAAAACUAUAAAUUUCAGAUUCAAAAUGAGAUAUUUCAAGAAUGAAACAUUUGCUUACCCAUUUUCCUUGUCUGUAAUUCAUUUGUAUAAUUGCUAGUCACAUUUAAGUUUCUAAACUCUAUUACCUUUCCUUAAACAGCGUAUAAAUAUUAGCAUCAAAACUAAUCUUAAUUGGUUGUGAAUUACUGAGAUUGAAUGCAUACCAGAACCCUUCUCAAUGUAUAUAUCUUGAGUUCAUUAAUUAUUAAUUUCAGAUUCAGAGAACCUAUGUUUAAACAUUUUCAAGAACUCUGGCUCUGAUCAUUCAUCCUAUAUGGUAUUAAACAAGCCAAUCAUGGAAUAAGAAAAGAUCUUAAUGAAGAUCAAUUAAUAUCCAGAUUUUAAUAGCACUACGGUGUAAAAAGAGGUCAGAGGAAGUUAUAAAAGCAAAACAUGCAUUUACAGAAAAAUGUUAUAUUUGCUUUAAACAAGUUGUCAAGCUACAAACUUGUUAUAAUUCUAAUUCAUUAUUAUCCUUUAAUUUCAAUAUUAGGGAAAGAUUUGUUUUUCAACAUAUACAUGUAAAAUAAACAAUUAGCUAUCAAAAUACAGUUUUAAUUUGUCAAAUUGAAUACUUAUGCCUGAUUCUUUCGGGAGGAAGUAAUUCUUCAGAAUACAAAUUAUUAUCCAUUUUUCCAAAAGCAAACUUAUUAUUGGGCUUUUUUACCUAUAGUUUUGAAAAAGUGACCAAAGCUCAGAUCAUCUUGUGACUGCAUUUCUAAGUGGAAGACAGAAUCUUUAUGAUCAUGAAAAUGUUGCAAUGCCAAUGAGCAACUAUUUACUUUUUAAACAUUGCAUCAUUUCUCAGUGAGGAAAACUG